CGUUGUGGUUCCCAAGUGUGGUUUGGUUGAGUUUGCUGCUGUGUGUAGGAUUUUGACACAUUUUUAUUGGUCUUCCCCGACGAACGACGCACGACGAAACGACGAAUAGCGUUCCAUUCUCAGAAGCCGGCUUUGCUAAGAAGUAGUGCUCAAGUUAUUGGUUUCAGACCCCAGAAUGCUGCCUGUGCCGGGACGACUGCGCACGGCGAGGGGUCUGCGUGCAUUGCUGAUCGUUACAAUGGUCGCCAUCAUCAUUCUGCACGGGUUCCCAUCCGUCUUGAAGGUGCAGAUCUGGCGCGGGAUGCGGUUGAGCGACGCGCUCGAGUUGGCCGUGCCGCUGAUUGUCUGCGCACUGCUCUUCACGCUGAUGCACGCACAAGUCACUGGAGUGCGCCAGACGCUUGGUGCCAUGGCUGAUAUGCUGCGCGGCCGCAGGAGCCGGCAGAAUAGCGACAAGCCGUGGCGCGACGGCGGCGCGAAUCAGGAGGAACUACGUCCAAUGCCAGCCAAUCUCGACCUCCCGCCGUCCGCUCAAGCAGACCCGGCAGCCGGCGGAGGUGGCUUGCUGAGCUCGGACAGCUCUGUUCUCGUGCCCGAGCCGCGCGCGCUUGCUGCCGGCUAUUCAGUCACCAUGCUCGAAUUGCUCUGCUUUGUCAUUCCAGCCGCCAUCUACGCUACCGGCCACGGCGCACAUACAUUUGCCAAUAGGAUCAAGGGCUUGCUCAAGACGGAAGUGCCCGAAACCAGCAAUGUGUUUAUCGUGGCCGACUUUCUUGACGAGAAGCUGUCGCAUUAUGUGUCGAUGGCGGGAUUGUACUUGAUGCUCCUCGCAUUGGUGUGGCGACACUCGACCAGUCUCCCGACCUUCCCAAUCACGAACGCCACAGCUGGCCGGAUACUGGCUCACAGGAUUGGUCUUGUGCUAGCUUCUCUCUUUUUUGGCGUGUUUGUUGGUCUGGCUGGGCUGCAAGGGCACGUCGCACCUGUGGCCAUCGCUCUGUUUGCGAUUCAGACCAUCGGUUCGUUGUAUGUCUUUCGAAAAACCCUCAGCCGAGACUUGAUAGUGGAGCACGCUCGGCCCGUGUGUGCUGCCAUCGUUUAUGCCUAUCCGGCGGCGAUUGUCACGAUGGUUGCAUUCGCCAUCAAAGACGGCGGAUUUUCCGGCGACAACAUUUUGUAGCACGCUCUUGUUUAUUUUCAGUGAUUCUGUGUGAGAAUUGAUUGUUCUUCUUAAUACCAAAGUACUUCAGGCAUUUUGUGAGGUCUCUGCUUCGGUCGCCUCAAGCCUCCCUCGCCA